AUGUCACGUUCUGGGGACGCGGUUUCGUGUGAGCGGGAAGACAAAGGAGGAGGGAAAAGGGGAGACGGGCUGGACAGGCCUGUAGGGCGAAGUUCAGGAAGGGCCGCCGCUGCUGCCGGUCCCCGUAGGCAUGUCCUCCCGGCACAGGCACCUAGGCAACGGCGCCGGCCCCGGGACGGAUGCCGUGACUCCUUCCUAUUUCAGACGGACCUACCCAGGGUAAAUAGCUGUGUGAAGAGUGAUGAGCAUGUCCUGGAGGAGCUGGAGACAGAAGGGGAGAGGCAGCUGAAAAGCCUCCUUCAGCAUCAACUUGAUACCAGUGUCUCCAUUGAGGAAUGUGUAUCUAAGAAAGAGAGCUUUGCUCCUGGUACUAUGUACAAGCCCUUUGGGAAGGAAGCAGCUGGGACUAUGACUUUGUCCCAGUUCCAGACACUGCAUGAGAAGGACCAGGAGACUGCUUCUCUCAGGGAACUAGGGCUUAGUGAGACAGAAAUCUUGAUUUGGAAGAGCCAUGUUUCAGGUGAAAAGAGGGCGAGACUUAGGGCAACCCCUGAAGCGAUACAGAACCGUCUUCAAGAUAUUGAGGAAAGAAUCUCAGAGCGUCAGCGCAUCCUUUGCCUGCCACAGAGAUUUGCAAAGAGCAAACAGCUGACCCGGCGAGAAAUGGAAAUAGAAAAUUCUUUAUUUCAGGGAGCUGAUCGUCACUCCUUCCUCAAGGCUCUUUAUUACCAAGCAUACCACAAAAAGACAAGUGCAGACAAGUACAUGACCUCAAUGAAGAGGAAGAUAAAAUUAGGCACAAAAGAUGAAUCCCAAAAGAAGAACAAAGGUGAUCCCAUGAACAACCUGGAAAAUUUUUACCAAGAGAUGAUAAUGAAAAAACGUCUUGAAGAGUUCCAACUAAUGAGAGGUGAACCCUUUGCUUCCCACUCACUGGUCUCAGCUACAUCAGUGGGAGAUAGUGGCACAGCUGAGAACCCGUCAUUACUCCAGGACAAGGGAAAACAGGCAGCACAGGGUAAAGGUCCCAGUCUCCAUGUGGCAAAAGUUAUUGAUAAUUCACCUGAGCAGUGUUGGACGGGGCCUAAGAAGCUGACGCAGCCAAUAGAAUUUGUCCCAGAAGAUGAGAUCCAGAGAAAUCGUUUGUCAGAGGAAGAGAUCCGAAAAAUUCCUAUGUUUUCUUCAUAUAAUCCAGGGGAGCCAAACAAGGUGUUAUACCUGAAGAACCUUAGCCCUCGGGUGACCGAAAGAGAUCUUGUCUCAUUAUUCGCUCGGUUCCAGGAGAAGAAAGGACCUCCAAUUCAAUUCCGAAUGAUGACUGGACGAAUGAGGGGGCAGGCUUUUAUCACUUUUCCCAAUACAGAAAUAGCAUGGCAAGCAUUGCGUCUAGUAAAUGGAUAUAAACUACGUGGGAAAAUAUUGGUGAUAGAAUUUGGAAAGAACAAAAAGCAGCAGUCAGAUCUCCAGGCUGCUUCUCUAAUAUCAUCUACUACAGAUAAUACUACAGAAAUCAGUGGCAGCUAGAAGACAUAAAGAUUGUGAGUCCCAGGAGGUCUUUCUUGCAUCAGAAUCUAAGAUCUAGGAUUUGUAUAUAGAUAGCAAUUUAUUUGGAAUUGAAGAAGAGAAGCUAACUGAGGGAGAGAAAACUGAAUUAAAAUCCCUUUCAGCUUUUGGAAAGAAUUGGUAGAAAACAUUUUCUAUAAUCAAACACUCUCUGGGAUAGACAAUAUAAUGAGUAUGGAGGAUAGGGAAUAAAGAGUAUCAUUUUCUCAGGAUAAAUUACAGUAGAUUACUUCCAAGGGUUUUUUUUUAAUCAUUAUAAUUUAUAUGAGGUCUUAAAUAUUUGUCCCUUGAGAUAACAUUCUUUCAAGACUGGCUCCUAUAUAUACAAAACUAAAAAAUGAAUUAAGUGUUGAAAUAUUUAUUUAUAGAGCCCAUUUGUCCCUAAAUUUAUUUUCCUAGUAAAUAAAUGACCAAGACUCCAGGCCUAAACAUCAGCAAAUGCUCUUGAAUGAGACCUAUCAGCAGUAACAGUAGGUAGUUUUCAUAAGUUAGUCAACAUAUUUAAUGGACAUUUCCCUAUUAAGUUAUCACUGUCUUCAAAUAGCUUUAUAUUUUUUCUAAUGAAAGAAUUUAGAUCAAAACAUUAAUGUUCUCAUAGUCAUUUAAGCUAGCUACCAUUGAGUAAUGAUUGAAUUAAAAGCAAUAAACAUUGAAUCAUUGUCUAUUACAUGUUAGAGAUUAGAUAUAUUAAUUUUAGAAGAGGAACAUACUAGCAAAGAAUAACUAAAGAGGGGUAGAAAUAAAGAGCUCUCUAGAAGAGAGACAGCCUACCCCAAAUCCCCCAGUUGUUUGUUCGUAGUUGCUGGAGAAUAGAAAGAUGAUAUGAUAUAGAGGAAGUAGUACAAACUUUGGAGUCAGACCUGUUUGAACUUCACAGCCAUACUUACCACUCUGUGACUUUGGCAAGUCACUUAAUCUGAGCCUCAGUUUUCUCAUCUAUAAAAAUGACGAUAAUAAUACUACUUACCUCAUUGGGUUGUGAUGUUUAAUGGGAUAAUUGUAUCCAGGUUGAAGAUCAGAAAGAAAAAAUAAUGAAAAUUUAAUGGGGUAAAGAACCAUUAAGCACUCCAACAUACUUGUAAUGGGAAUAUCAGAGAAAGAAAGGAGCAGAAAAAAUAUUCCAAUAAAUAAUGGCUGUAAAAUCCCAAAUUUGAUGAGAAACAUUAUCUACACAUCUGAGAAAUCUCAAUGAACCCCAAUUAGGAUAAAUAAGAAGAAAUCAACAAACAUACCAUAAUAAGAAUGCUAAAACCCAAAGACAAAGAGAAACUUUUGAAAGCAACAUGAGACAACUGAAGCAACUUACAAGGGAACCUCAAUAAGAGUAAUAGAUGACUUCUCAUCAGAAACAAUGGAGGUGGCAGUGGGAAAACAUAUUCAAGUGCUGAAAGAAAAAGACUGUCAAUAUAGAAUCCUAUAUUCAAUAAAGCUGUUUUUCAAAAAUGAAGAUGAAAUAAAGACAUUCCCACAUAGUCAAAAACUGAGAGACUAUGUUGCUGUCAGGCCUGACUUACAGGAAAUGUUAAAGGAAGUUCUUCAGGUGGAAAGCAAGUGACCUCAGACGGUAAUUUGAAUCUACACAUCCAAAAAAUUAGCAUGGGUAAAGGUAAUUAUGUAAUUAUAAAAGACAGUCAAAAUACAUUUUUCCUUUCUUAAUUGAUUUAAAAAGCUAUUUUAUAAGACAAUAUGUAUAUAGUUGCAUUGUUGGAUCUAUAACAUAUAAAACUGUAAUAUAUUUACCAAUAACAAGACAAAGGAAGUGGGUGGAAACAAAGCUGUAUUGGAUUAAAGAAAUGACUCUAAAAUGGUAACUCAAAUCCAUAGGAACAAAUGAAGAAAAUAAGAAAUGGGAAAUAAGGUUAAUAUUAAAAAGUUGUAAAUAUAUACUUGUUCUUUCUUUCAGCUUCUUUAAAAGACAUAAAAUUAUAUUAAGUAAUAAUUAUAAUGAUGUAUUGUUGGGUUUGUAAUAUAGAAAUAAUAAUAACAAUAAUACCACAAAAAGUGAGAAAAGGAGUAGGUUUAUAUAGCAAUAAGGUUUUUAUAUCUCAUUGGAAUUUAGUUAGUAUAUAGCUGAAGCCAAUUAAGUUAAGAUGUGUAUGGUAAACCCUAGAGCAACCACUAAAGAAAUAACUAAAAAUAUAUAGUGAAAAUAUUAAAGACGUUUAAAUGUUUUAUUAGAAAACAUUCAAAGCAAAAGAAAGCAAAAAGAGGAAUGGAGGGCUUCCCUGGUGGUGCAGUGGUUGAGAGUCUGCCUGCCGAUGCAGGGGACACGGGUUCGUGCCCCGGUCUGGGAAGAUCCCACAUGCCACGGAGCAGCUGGGCCCAUGAGCCAUGGCCGCUGAGCCUGCGCGUCCGGAGCCUGUGCUCCGCAGCAGGAGAGGCCACAACAGUGAGAGGCCCACGUACCACAAAAAACAAACAAACAAACAAAAAAGAAUGGAGAAACAAAAGCUUGAGACAUAUAGAAAAGAAACCGUAAAAUGGCAGUCGUAAGUCCACCUAUGUUAAUAAUAAAUAUGAAUGGAUUAAACAAUCCAAUCAAAAGGCAGAGAUCAUCAAACUGGAAAAAAAAAAAAGACUUACCUCUAUGCUUUUUAUUGGAUUCACACUUUAGAUUCAAGGAUACAGACUGAAGGUUAAAGGAUAGAGAGAAAUAUCAGGCAAAUGGCAACUAUAAGAAAGCUGGAGUGGCUAUACUAUUAUCUAAAGUCUAUUUAAAAUGGACUUUAAAACAAAAAAUGUCACUGUAGAUAAAGAGUGACAUCUUAUAUUGAUAAAAGUCAAUCCAUCAGAAAGAUAUAACAAUUAGAAACACAUAUUAACCUAACAACAGAGUACCAAAAUACAUGAAUCAAAAACUGAAAUGUGGCUUCCCUGGUGGCGCAGUGGUUGAGAGUCCGCCUGCCAAUGCAGGGGACACGGGUUUGUGCCCUGGUCCAGAAGGAUCCCACAUGCCACGGAGCAGCUGGGCCCGUGAACCAUGGCCGCUGAGCCUGUGCAUCCAGAGCCUGUGCUCCGAAACGGGAGAGGCCACAGCAGUGAGGGACCCGCGUACCACACACACAAAAAAAAACCUGAAAUGAAUGGAGAAAUAUAAAAGUAUACAAUAAGAGUUGGGGAAUUACGUACCCCAUUUUCAAUAAGAUCUAGACAGAAGAUGAACAAGGGAAUAAAAGACUUGAACAAUGCUAUAAAUCAACUAGACCUUAAAGAGACUUAUGGAACACUUCACCUAACAAGAGCAGAAUACACAUUCUUCUCAAGUGCACAUGAAACAUCUCCAGGAUAGACCAUAUCACAUACCAUAAAACAAACCGCAAUAAAUUAAAGUGGAUUAAAACUAUGCAAAGUAUGUUCUCUGACCACAUGGAAUGAAGUUAGAAAUCAGUAACAGAAAGUUGGGAAACACAAAUAUGAAUUAGACACACUUUUAAAUGACCAGUGGGUUAAGGAAGGAAUUACAAGAUUAAUUUGAGAUGCGUGAAAAUGAACACACAAAAUGCCAAAACUUCUGGGAUACACCUAAAGCAGUGCUUAGAGAGAAAUGUAUAAGUACAAAUGCCUAUAAUUUAAAAGAAGAAAGAUAACAUAUCAGUAACCUCACUUUACACCUUAAGACACUGGAAAAAGAGACUAACUAGAAAAAGCAGAAGGAAGGAAAUAAGAGAUUAGAUAAAUGUAUAGAGAAUAAAAAGUCAACAAAACCAAAAGUUGGUUCUGUAUAAAGACCAACAAAAGUGAUAAACCUUUCAGUAGGUUGACCAGGAAAUAAAGGAGAUUCAACUUACUAGGAUCAGAAAUGAAGGCGGGAACAUUGCUACCAACCUUAUAAAAAUUUAAAACAAAAAUUAUGAAGGAACACUAUGAACAAUUUUAUGCCAAUAAAUUAGGUAACUUACUUGAAAUACAAAAAUUCCUAAAAAUACAUGAAUUACUGAAACCAAUUGUUGGUGGGGGGGGGGGACAAAGAAAAUCUGAAGAUAACCUGUAACAAGUAAAGUGGUUAAUUAGUAAUUUUUUAAAAUACCCAUAAAGAAAAGCAUAGGCUCAAAUGGAUUCUUAGAUUAAUUCUCACAAACAUUAAAGAAGAAUUAAUACAAGUUCUUCACAAACCCUUCCAAAAAGUAGAAAAGGAGGGAACACUUCUGAUAUAUGCUACAACGUGGAAGAACCCUGAAAACAUGCUAAAUGAAAGAAGCCACUCCAAAAGGCUAUAUAUUAUAUGAUUCUAAAUAUACAGUGACAGAAAGUAGAUUAGUGGUUGCUUAGGGCUUCAGGUAAUAGCUGAAGUGUAUGGAGUUUCUUUAGAACUUGAUGAAAAUGUUCUAAAAUUGUGGUGAUGAUUGUACAACUCUGAAUAUACUACAAAUCAUGAAUUGUACACUUUAAAUGGGUGAAUUUUAUCUUACCUGAAUUAUAUUUUAAUAAAGUCACACACACGUACAAAUACUGGUUAUAACCUAAAUGUCCAUCAGUAUGAGAAUGGAUAAAUUAUGGCACAUCCAUUUAGUGGAAUACUAUACAGGCAUUAAAAUAAUGGAUAUAUCUAUUAAUGCAUUCUGACCUGUAUGAUGUCCAGGAUUUUGUAAUAAGUUAAAAAGUUAUAUAUGUGUGUGUGUGUGUGUGUGUGUGUGUAUACAUAUAUGUACACACACACACAUAUAUAUGUGUAUAUAUAUAUAAUACUUUUUUAUAAACAAAAGCAUUUGUGUAUGUAUGGUAUAUGUAUAUAUAGAUAUUUCUGAAUAAACUUAGGAAAAAGCUGGGAAAUACACAUACCAAACUGUAAACCUUUUAGAGGUGGGAUUGGAUAGGCUGAAAGGGGACUUGCUUUAUAAAAUUUUUCAAGUGUGAUUUGGGCUGAUUUUUACUUUUUUCAGUAUUUUUUUAAAUAAAGAAAAUUUUAAUAUUCUACCAGUGACUUGGCUUCCAGAAUAUUUGUCAGGCCUGCUCUGAGGAUAUCAUCUAACUAUACUCAGGACAAACAUCUAUUCCUUUGAUAUACUGCUCACUUAGGAUUAACUCCAAUUUUAAAUAUAGUUUAAAGGACAAGAAGUAAGUUAUACUGGUAUAACCUCUUGCACAUGUUACCCAGGAGCAUACUUCUAAGCUGGACUUUUCAGAAGAAACUUCUUCCUGUUGGGUAUAAAAUCUCACCUCUGCCCUUUACUAGACCUGCAGACCAUUAACAAUAGAGGAAAAUAAAAAUGGAGGAUGUCCCUCAACUGGUGCAUAGAUAAACUGUGAUAUAUAUCCAUACAAUGGAAUACUACUCAGCAAUAAAAACUAUUAUGAACUAUGAUACAUGCAACAACUUGGAUGAAUCUCAAAUGCAUUUUGCUAAGUAAAAGAGGCCAAACUCAAAAGGCUACUUACUGAUAGAUUCCAUUUAUAUAACAUUCUGGAAAGGAUGAAACUAUGGGAACAGAACAAAUCAGUGGGUGACGGGUUAAAAAUGAGAGACUGAUUACAAAAAGGUAGCAUAGGAAUUUGUUUUAUAAUGGAAAUUAUCUGUAUCUUGAUUAUAAUUACAUGAGUGUAUGCAUUUGUCAAAACUACUAGAAUUGUACACCAAAAAGGAUGAAUUUUACUGUAUGUAAAUGUUUAAAUAAAUGUA